UGAGAAGAGCGAGCGAGAGAGCGAGCGAGCGCGGCGCUCCCGGGCCGGCCCGGCCCCCUCCCCUCACCAUCGCCGGCCCUCCGCCGCCUUUCUCCGCUUCCACCUUUUCUCCUCCCCCCCCAAGUUGAGGCCCCCUCCGGGGGGGGAGGACCGGGACCGGGAGCGAAUUCCCCUAACUCCCUCAACCCUUCCCCCUCACCUGGCCCGAGUGUGAGGAGAAGGGCCCGGCCCGCGUUGUGCGUGAGGAGGACACGGGUCGGCCCACGGGCCGUCUUGGGCCUUGUCCGGCCCGCUGGGUGUGUGAAGACAGGGCCCCGGUGCGGCCGGGCCCGAGGGCGAGCCGAGGGGAGGGGCCUGGUCCGGCUCCGCCGGUGCGUGAGGACUGGGGCCCCGGCCCGGCGCUGCCGCCGCCGCCGCGAUGGCCCAGCAGCAGAUGACCAGCUCGCAGAAGGCCCUGAUGCUGGAGCUGAAAUCCCUGCAGGAGGAACCAGUGGAGGGUUUCCGGAUCACCCUGGUGGAUGAGUCCGACCUCUACAACUGGGAGGUUGCCAUCUUCGGACCCCCCAACACUCUCUACGAAGGCGGCUACUUCAAGGCGCAUAUUAAAUUUCCUAUUGACUACCCAUAUUCACCACCUACCUUCAGAUUCUUGACCAAAAUGUGGCACCCCAACAUUUAUGAGAAUGGAGACGUCUGCAUUUCAAUUCUCCAUCCACCUGUGGAUGACCCACAGAGUGGUGAACUGCCCUCCGAAAGGUGGAAUCCUACUCAGAAUGUCAGGACUAUACUGUUAAGUGUAAUCUCAUUGCUUAAUGAGCCCAACACCUUCUCCCCAGCCAAUGUGGAUGCUUCAGUUAUGUUCAGGAAAUGGAGGGACAGUAAAGGAAAAGACAAAGAAUAUGCUGAAAUCAUUAGGAAACAGGUUUCAGCCACUAAAGCUGAAGCAGAAAAGGAUGGAGUGAAAGUCCCCACAACCUUGGCGGAAUACUGCAUCAAAACUAAAGUGCCUUCCAAUGACAACAGCUCAGAUUUGCUUUAUGACUUGUAUGACGACGACAUUGAUGAUGAAGAUGAGGAGGAAGAAGAUGCCGACUGUUACGACGAUGAUGAUUCUGGGAAUGAGGAGUCGUGACGUGCUUCUUCGAGAAGCCCCUGUACUGCCCUGCCGUCUCAGGCCAAAGGGAGGGGAGCAAGUGGGGACCAAGCAGUGGCCCCUCAGCAAAAACCUAUCACAGGGGGUGGGGAAAACAAACACGGCUCCUGCUGACUCCCCUUAUGGAUCUCAGUUUGCUCCUUUUUAUGGACCUCUUAAUGGAGAGAAGGUAAUCCUCCACAGAAUGUCUGAAUUCUUUCAUUGUUUAACCUUCCAUCACUGUAUUGAUUUUUUUUUUCCUUUAAACCCAAACCCCUGCCUCACUUCGUCUCCACAAAGUGUUCACAGCAAAACACGUUUGGUCUGUUUUUAGAUUCUUAAAGAAUUAAAUAGUCUUUCAUCAAGACGUUUAUGUGAUUAAAGCUGGGAACCCAUUGGGAGUUCACAAGUGCUGCAUAUGCUGGGUAGCAAAAGAAAAUGGAAAAAAAAAAAAAAACCCCGCGUAAAAAUCCCACAAAACAAACUUUAGGAAAAAAUUGCCAAGGUUUAGCUGCUCCAUUUACAUUAGUGUGUGUGCAUUUGUUCAGCCCCAUGGUGGUGAAUUUUAUUUCUCUUUCUAAAGUCUGGGGUACAGUGGGCAUCAGGGACUCUGUGCUAAGACUGAUGAAAUGUGUUCCUAAGGGCACAGAGCCCCUUCAGCUUCCAGGAAAUCAUCCUAACACAGAGGCCUCCGCUAUUCUGAGGAAAGAAAUCAGAUUUUGGUUUUUGAAAUCGAUUGGGAUCUAAAGCUUGAAAUAAAUAUUGAUACUUUACAUAGAACUGAGCACUUGAUUGCUAUUUAUUUUAAGGGCAGAGUUCUUCCCCCACCCCUAAGGAGUGGGGCAAGAGUGGGGAUUAGUGUGUGUGAACUCUUAGUGAUGGCAACAAAGAGUUAAAAAUCACUAUGCCAAUUUUGGUUGAUGCUGCUGGGGGAAAAAAGUAAAAACUACUGGUGACCACUGUUGGGAGAGAAAACAUGUUUUAUAUAUUUAACAAGGCCUUUCCCUCAAAAAAAUACACUCUCACCAUGAGGACUUUUUUUUUUAAGUAGCCAGUUUUAAUUACUCAGUAUUAAUGCUAGGUGCAUGUAUUAAGAUUUUGGUUUUCAUUGAGCUAGUGUAACUGUGGAUAUAUGUGAGACAUGCGUGACCGGUUACCUUUCCUCAUUGGAUGUGACCUGGACUUUGCUCUCCUUUCAAUGUACUCUGGCUGUGGAGUGCAAGCAGAAGUUGUGCAUGGAGCUUGCCCUGGGCUUCCUUUGACUCUCCUGGGAGGGCCAAGGGAGUUGGCUGCAGGCAGUGUCUGGAUGAUGCUAGAGCUUCCUGCCAUGCAAUUGCUGCAGCUUUGAUUUUUCCCGGUGUGAAUCAUGUGUUUUUCAAUCAAUUCUGAGAUCCAUCAGCCUUCACCAACCAGGGACUUCAGAACUGGGCGGUGAGUUUUGUUUCUUAUGGGAGUUGGCCAGUUCAUACAAGAGCAGUUUUCUUUCAGUGGGAAAAAUCGUUAAAAUGUAAAAUUACAGGUUUUGGAAGGAAAGUACAGCAAAGACUGAGUAUAAUCCUACUGCAGAUCCCUGUGCACUAGUGUCAGCUCCUUUUCUUCAGAUCUUUAGCUCAGAAAGAACAAAAGGGUUGAUGAAGGACAGGGUAGGAUGGAUCCUAGGACAGAGUAGGUGAUGCUUACUUCCUUAGCUCCUCCUUCCUUUCUGAUCUCAGGGUUUUCAUUCGCUCUUCAAACUCUCCAAAUGUUUGCUGACUAAUUCCCAGCAACUCUCUCUGGCCUCUGAAGUUUGGUCUAGUACUAAGUGAGAACAUUUAACGUGCUAAGGUUUCAAAUGGGACAGUAUUGAGUCUGAUCCCAGAUUCUGUCCAGUCCCCGUGGGGCCAGGGCUACUUGCACCCCUGAAUUUAGUGACUCCAGUCAGAUUCAGAAAACAAUUCUUUGUGACAAAACAGACUGCAAACUCUCAUAAGAAGGAUAGUGGGACUUCCCGCACUCCUUAAGUAAUGCUUCCAAAUAACCAGCAAACCUUCUGGAGCCCCAAGUCUCAUAAUGCUGAUUACCCCCUACCAGCCACCCCCAAAUACGCGCGCGUGCACGUGCGCACACAUGUACACACACACGUUUACAGCUGGUAGCUUGGUCUUAAUUCUCUCAGAGCCCUAUAAUUAAGCUCUUCCCUUACUGCUAAAGCAUUUCUUUCCCAGGGCAGGCCAGGCACCUUGGCAUUUGUGGGAGGUGCUAUACUACUCAGCCCUGUCCCAUUAGGCCCUGUUGGCCUGUUGCACGUUGACUCAGGGAGCCAGAGAGCCAGUGGAGGUUGUACCUCUCAGCCCCUUGGGAUGUUACUAUUUAGGGCUGGGUUUGCCUCUGAUUAGGAGUACAAUCAGAAAAGACUGGGGUAUGUUGAUUUGCUAGCAGGUAGACACACUUUCUGACAGCUCACACUGAUUUGUAAAACCCAGAUGCUGGUUCCAGAGCUCUGUCUUGAGCAUACAUCCUGUGGCAAAAGAAAACUUGAGCUUGUAAAUUUCUCUUUUAGGAGUGGAGAUCUCAGGCUAGAACUUUGUGCUGAUUUGGUAUAAUAAGCUCAAAAGUCCUGCAUUUUUAGAUUCCUUUUGAUUCUAGUGGAGGCCUCUCUGGGUGCUCUUCAGGUCUGUGUUUUUUUGAGGCUGGGUGGAGAAAAUAUAUCAUGAUUCCGUUGUUGCUUCUCAAAGUCUUCCCCUUUCUAUUUCACAUCAUUCCGGAGUUCUUUUCUAUUAGCCAGACGGGUUUUUUUUGGUUUUGUUUUUUUGGGGUAGCAUAUUCUUUCCUCUUCCCUGGUAAUUAUUUGCUUCUUUAUUGCUAUUUCCUUAUUUUUGGGGACACUUAUAGUAAGACAUUGAAGGGGAAAAUGUGUAGAUCUCUACUGAAAAUUAACUCUCCACCCCUCCCAUCCUGAUUUUUUAAAAAAAAGGUUUACAUUUACAAAAAGAUUCAGAUGCAAUUUUCAACUAUUCUAAAACCAGCAGGUCACACCUGACUUUAAUAGUUUUCUUAGCUGAAAUUAUAGGUGUUUUUCUUCAGUUUAACUUAUGAGAAAAGAUUAUCUGAUGCAUUUUGUGUUGAACUUCCCCUUUAGUGGUUUAUUUUGUCUUUUUUCUGCCCAUCUGUCUACUAAUAAAAUGUGAAAUAAAAUAUACCUGUAUUGCUACUUCCCCAUGGGAUGACCCU